AUGCAUGUAUCUCCUUCUCGUUCACACCCUUCAUCAUGGCCAUCAACUUCAUCAGAAGAAAGACCAGUCGAAGGAAUCUGUUUAGCUUUGACUGCUCCCCUUGUUGCCAUUACGGCUAGUGUGACCGAUCCGAUGGUUCAUUUUGAUGUGAUUCGAGUGUUAGUCCGACUACUUCUUCCAUGUCGUCGUGUCGACCUCUUUGAAGUGUUGGGAGAAUCCGAAUAUGCAAAUGCAGUUAUGCUUGUCUCUCUUCUAAAAGAAGCCCUCGUCUACAAUGCACAGAAAUUGUAUAUCUCUGUCGCAGCAGUGCAACUAAUCAGAACGAUGCUCGAGAAGGACUCAUCAAAAAUAACAGCUGCUCAUCUCAGCGAUCAUGGAAUCUGGGAAGCCGUAGAGAAACUUGGAGCUACAGUAGGAAACAAUAAGGGUGGACCAAUCACUCGAAAUCGAAGCAAAGCUCUCGCUGAUGUGAUCACUUCCAGUCGUAAACGAACCAGUCCUGCUAGCGGUGAAGUGUCACAAAGUGGAGUCUCCUCAAUGAUGUCUUCAUCUUCUCAAUCAGUGCCAUUUCGGGAUGACGGUAGCCCAUCGGUGAAACGCGAAAGAGACAAUGGUGGAAGCUCACGAAGUACAUCGAAUAUCUCCGGAGGAUCAAAGAAAAGUCAUCUACACUCGCUACUUUCAUUCAGAAGUCACUCAUCAGAUGCGACCAGCUCUACUCAAUCGAGCAGACCAAACUCUCCUUAUGAUUCACAAAUUCGUCAACUGAGCGAAAUUGAUCAAUCUGAAGUGUGUGCCUGGCUGGCAGCUGAAUGUUCUCAUGCUCUUCGUCUUCGACCUGAGCCUGGACCAAUCGAAUUCCAUCUAGAGAAGUUACUCCAUGAGCUCCAUCAUAAGCAAGAUUCAUCAGCAAUACCUCUGUCUUUCUUCAAGGAGCUCAUUAAAUUGACAUACAACUGUUUGGCUCCGAAUCAAAUUUUGAAGAGCGGAUUGCAAGAAGAAGUGCUCAAAUGGAUGUCUGAUGGCUCUUCAACUCGAGUUGUUCCAUCAUUGAUUGCAGCUUUACAAAAAGUUGACUCGGCUGAUCGAUCUCGUCAUCUCGGUUCAUUGAUCAAAGCAGUAGCUGGAGCCGUGGAUCAAUGUGAGGCCUUUCCUGUGAGCAUCUUUGACCUCUCUGCCCAUGCCGCUCCUCAUCUAUUCCAUGGAGCACACGCACUUCGAUAUUUCAGAAAUCAUGUUGUUACGAUUACCGUCUCUCGUCAUCCAAAAUGUGAUUCAAACGAGCCAUCACAAAGCAACACCUUUAAGACAGACCCACUUGUCACAAUGAAGUACAUCUAUACAGUUGUUCGAAAUCGAUUGCCAAUCCGACAAUCAAGCAGCUCAGAAGAUGAUGAAGAUUCACAAGGAGGUCCAUUCCAAUCUCCCGACAUCGAACUUUUGGCUCAAAAUGGACAAGUGAUCGGUGAACAACAAGUGCUUUUGGAAGUGCUUCUGGCCAAUUCUACCGACAAUAUUGGACAUGUUUUAGCAAUUUCUCAUCAUUUCCAUUAUCGACCUAAAAAGGCCGGAAAUCCCGUUCGUCAUAUUGAACCAAAAAUCAGCCUGGAGCAAAGGAUUCGGGAAGAAUUGGGAAGAUCUACCGGAGCCGAGUUCACUUCCCUGCCAACAACUAGUGGAGUGGCCCUUGUUGCUGAAUUCUUGGAAGGCAAACGGGUUUUCGAGAAGAGCAUGAUGAAGAAAAUUGAUCGAAUCGCCCAAUCAGCAAGUGGACACUCAACGGGAGAGCCCUCUCCUUUAGCUGCCCAUUUUUCCACCUCGCUCGGCAUGCUCACUCUAUUGCAUUACGUUGAUCACUAUUGGGCAGUGGAUGGUUGUCAGGGAUAUUGGCCUGAGCAUCCUUUCUCGAUUGCACCCAAAGAUGACUAUGUCUGCAAAAAAUUGGAUGCCAAAGUGAAUAGACAAUUGGCAGAUUUUCUUUCAGUGGCCGCACAAGGAAUUCCAUCAUGGAUUGAGUGGAUUGCAAAGAAUGCACCCUUUGCCCUUUCAUUUGAGACGCGUCUUUCAUUCUUCCGCUUAACAUCAUUUGGAAGAGAAAGAGCUUUGACACAUUGGCUACAACAGAGAGAUUUUGCCAUCGAGGAUACAACAAUCAUGAGAGUGAAAAAAGUGACGAUUGAAGUGGCUCGUGAAAACUUCCUGCACUUUGCUUAUGCCGCACUACACGAUACUCCUACUGGGUCCACGAUGGAAGUCAAAUUCCGUGGGGAAGCUGGCACUGGACAUGGGCCAACCCAAGAAUUCUAUUCAAUUCUGAGUCGAGAAUUCAAGAAAGCCAGCCUCAAUCUGUGGUACCCAAGUCGAAUUGAAGUCGAUCCAGAAACAAACGAGAAAUUGAUUGCCUCUGAUUACGGACUCUUCCCUCUACCAUGCUCAAAAGAACAACGCAUGGAAAAGAUCAGAUUAUAUGAAUUGUUGGGAAGAGCUCUUGGACAAGCACUACAAGAUGGGAAAAGAUUGGAUAUUGUAUUGAGCCCGAUUGUCAUGAAAUAUCUCAUCGGCAAAGCACAUCUCAUUGGACCUUGUGAUCUUGCCACCGUGGAUCCAUUGGUUUACAAAUCAAUGAAGCAAAUUGAAGAAUGUGCGAAUGAAGAACUUGAACUGAUCAUGGCCGAGUAUUCAAUUCCCAAUGUGAACAUUGAUAUCUCCACAAACUCUUCUGAACAAAUUGUCAAUGCAAAGAACCGAUGGACUUAUUUAGAGCGUUUCCGUGAGUUGAUGUUGUUGACGAUUCGAGAACCAUUGGAAGCGAUUGUUCAUGGAUUGAACUCAGCCUUUCCACGAGAACAUCUUGAAUGUUUCCUUCCUGAUGAAUUUGAAGCACUCUUUUGUGGUGCUGGUGGAGCUGAUGCUGAAUAUUGGAUAUCUGAAAGAAUCACCGAAGCUCUCAAAUUUGAUCUGGGAUAUUCGCGCGAGAGUGCCACAGUGAAAAACUUUGUGCAAAUGCUCACCGAAUUUCCUCCAGCAAAACGGCAACGAUUCUUACAAUUUGUGACAGGAUCUCCGAGAUUACCCCAUGGAGGAUUUGCUGCAUUGAGCCCUCCAUUAACGGUGGUUUGCAAGAGUACGAGCUCUGGAAGUCCAGAUGGAGAAUUUCCAUCGGCUGUCACCUGCAAGAAUUAUGUGAAACUGCCAAAUUAUAGCAGUUAUGAGGUGAUGGUGCGUCAAUUCGAGAUUGCACUGACGAAUGCUCUCCAUUUCGAUUACAAC